UGAUCACUGAUCACACGUAUAGAAGCGAUAACUAGCCAGCGUCCGCGAUAUCGUAAUAAUAUUUUCGGCGCGAAAUAUCAAAAGCCAUUUGUCUGUUUGGCGACACUAUAUUUAAAAAAAUGCACGAAAAGACAAUUAAAAGCGCGAAAUUUUGACAAAAUAUACAAAAUAUGUAUUGAGCUUCUAAUUAUUUCUUAAAACUCUUGUUCAGUCGUAUAUAAUAAUGCUGAUAAGAAAAAAGUGCCGGUCAUUCAAAUUAAAUAUAUAAAACUUCUAACGGCGUUUUAAGAUGAGUAUGCAACGUAUCGGUCGUCUCGUGUCAGUUAAUUAACUUACAUUUUUCUACGUGUUAAUGGGAUAUAACAUUCGUGAUGGACAUACACGAUAUACAUCAAAUGCCAAAUAAGAGCAACGAAGAAUUAACUCCAGAAGAAAAAUGGAGAGUGGAGCAUAUAAAGAUGCACGAACAGCAUAUGGGUCACGAAUCUAUGCACGCAGAGAUGCUGAUUAUAUUAUUGGUAACAUUAAUAAUAACACAGAUUGCAUUAGUUGAAUGGAAGAAGAGGCAUUUUAAAUCAUAUCAGUUUAUAACAAUGAUAGCCAUGUGGAUUAUUCCAUUUGGAAUAAGCUUAAAGAAUCACUGGUGGAGAUUUAUAUUUUUGUGGCUUUUAUCUUCGUGUAUAACAGGUCUAGUGGUAAGAAAAGCUAUUCAAAGACCAAUAUUAGGUACAACACCUAGACUAGUGUACAAAUGGUUUUAUUUCAUUUAUAAGCUCAGUUAUGCACUGGGCAUAAUUGGCUACAUUUUGGUAUUAUUUACAUUUGUUGGUUUAAAUAUCAUAUUAGAUGUUAAGCCUCAUGUUUGGAUGGACUGGGGCAUAUUAUUUCUAUUUUAUGGUCUUUAUUUUGGAGUAUUAGGAAGGGAUGUCGCUGAAAUAUGUGCUGACACUAUGGCAUCACAUAUUGGUUAUUACGCUCCAGGCAGUAUGCCAACUAGAACUUUGGAACCAAAUGUUUGCGCAGUAUGCGGAAACAAGCUCUUAGUUUCUGAGCAUGAAGAAGGUGUAAUCGAAAAUACGUACAAGCUUACUUGCGAACAUGUUUUCCAUGAAUUUUGCAUUAGGGGUUGGUGUAUUGUAGGAAAAAAACAGACAUGUCCUUAUUGCAAAGAAAAAGUCGAUUUAAAGAAAAUGUUUCGCAAUCCAUGGCAACGACCACAUGUCUUAUUUGGUCAGUUAUUGGAUUGGUUAAGGUGGCUAGUAGCUUGGCAACCUUUAAUUUUGUUCCUAGUUCAUGGUAUAAAUUGGGCUCUGGGCCUUGAAGAAACGGAGGAUCAACAUGAAGUGAUUGGCGAGACAGAAUAGCGAUUGUCAUAUUGUCGUAUAGUUUCUCUACUAAAGCACUGACAGAUAAGUUCCUAUUACGCAUUCGCAAUUCGAGGCUGAGCAGAUAGUAGGUGUAAAUGAAAAAAAAUGAUCUUGUUUGAUGCGCAUAUUGAAUCCAACAUGCUAUGUGUAUUUGUGUGUAUGGGCAUAGUAAGAGAGAGAAAGAGAGAGAGAGAGAGAGUAAUGAUAACACCUUACUAGUGAUAUUACUAAAAGAUUUUAAUUAUCUUUCUCGUUAUUAUUGAUAGAAAAACAACUUUCAUCACAUCACGUAUUCAUAGGUACUUGUCAGACCACGUCGGACCCGUCGCGAGAAUAUCGUGCAUAUAUUAUAAAUAUAUAUAUAUGUAUUUAUACUUAUAUACAUAUAUUUAUCUGUAUAUCUACAGUCUAAAGUCUUUCGCGAACAUUCGUGAGGUGUGAAAUUACGUCAAGGCGCGCAAAGAUGGGAAAGGGGAGGAAUAGUGUGCGAAAGGAGAUAACAGAGGGUGAAAGAGGAAACACAUUUAACGGUAGUCCCCUCAACGAGUCCGAUAAACAGAGGUGUCGACGUUAUUUGAGAUAGUUUUUUUUGAUGGGAUGGUUUACAGACGCCACGAUACGACAGGAUAAUCAGGAUGGGUUCAGGGGUAGACAUUCACACAAACACGGGGAGAUUUUAUAGAUAUAUUUAUUGAGUACUUAGCGUGUAAGAGUAUAGAAUAUAUGUUACCUUACUGUUAAAUAUAUCAUUACAUGGUAAAUAUAUUUUUAUAUAUAUAUAAUGAUGUAAAUCUUUUUAAAAUAAACCUUGCGCGGGCACGCGCACGUACGUGUGUGUGUUCAUUCAGAGUAUUUACAUAAUGAUCGCAAUUAAUAUGUACAAGUUUACGAAAAACGAAAAGAAAAAUAUAGACGAACGGGCGAGCGUGUAUUUCGGCCGUGUCGGUGAUCACUCACCGACACACCAAACGUCGAGAGUAAAUGCCAGGAAGGAGUCUCAGUUUUUUAUACUUUUUGUCACUUUUCUUUUCUCCAUCUAAUAUAAAUUGACCGUCGUCUCUUUAUAUGAAAGUAUAAAGGUCGCUACGGUGACACGAUUCUCCUUUCCUUAUUUGCGGGCACAGGUAUACGAAACUACCAUCACUACAGAUAAUUGUAGCCCUAAUUAACAACAUCAAUGUCGCGUACGAUUGUGACUUUUUUUUUUCUUUUCUCCUUACGUGGCAGCUCUCUUUCUGUUCCAUCCACGAACGAUAACGGAGACACAUGUGUUUACCACAUUUUACGAUAAAUAUCAAAGCGAACAAUGUAAAUGUCACAGAGUCCAAGAUAAAAAUUCUUAUAACACAUACGUUCGCAUCUGAUAUAGAGCAUUUUUAUCUGGAUCUUUUAUAUUAGCGUGUUUUAUGGUAAUGUGUCAAAUCACGUAUGUGUAUAUAGAGAUGUGCAAUUAUAUACACAUACGAUAUGCGUUCAAGAUAAAAAUUGUGCAUGACAAUUCAUAGUUACUUUCCAGUGACCGUAGACGUUUAGCGUUUAUCGCUUACUUAGAGGCUUGCUUUGGAAUAAAACUCCAUGAUAUCGAUCGCGGAGAGAUCUCGAGAGGCGCGCCCUGUGUCAUCGCGUGACGUUAAUAUCAUUUUCGGUCGUAUGUUAUACAAUAUGUACAAAAGGAAAGGUCACGCGCGACCACCGCAAUUUCUCUGGCUUACGAGAAAGAAGCGCGAGAGAUGUACGUACUGUGUCUCGGCUCGCCAGUAUAUAUAUAAAAAAAAGCGCACGACUUCCUUCCUUUCCCCUCGCAGUAACUAUCUGUUAACGCAACUCUCGCAUAUAUAUAUAUAUAUAUAUAUAUAUAUAUAUAUAUAUAUAUAUUAAUCUAUGUAUAUAUAAUGUCUCUCUUUCGCUUUUUAGUUUCUCACACACCCUUCCUUUCACACUCUCUUCACUUUUUGACAUAUUUAUCAUCGUCUCUCUCGCGUUUUAUCGCCGGCCUUUUAACAGCAUUCAGAGACAUACACGAUAGUUACGAAGUAUUGCUUUUUCUUAAUCGCGUAUCGAUCGCGCAUGCCGAUCGCGAUCCGGCAUAACAAUAAUAAAUUUUGCACCUUCCUGCGAUGAGCCGCGUCGAAAAUCCCGUACUCCUAUUUUUUUUUUCAAUUUUUAAACCAUUUAGGUUUGCAUUUAUUUAGAUAUUGUAAAUCGAAGAAUACUAAGAUUAUAAUGGAUACUCUGUAUUUUUGAUAUAAAAUCUCUCAUAAAAUUAUGUAUAUUAAAAUAAUUAUUCUCUCUAAAAAUGAUGUUUUAAUUUCAUAUUUUUAUGAUUUUUUUUUUGUUUUACAGUUGCAUUUGUGGCAGAUCAAGAAAUUGCAGAAAUUGCAAUUCUUAUCUUGCAUAAAAAAUAUUUUUGUUAAGCCACUUAAUGAGACUAUAUUAAAAAUUACAUAAAAAAAGAGAUUAGCAGGCGGAAUUCACCCGCGGCUCUCUUGCGCUCGAAGGAAACAUGCGCUAAGCGUAAAGUUAACUCGAGUACUUUUUAACGUCGUAUCGUUUUUUUUUUCUUUUUCUCUCUCCCGUUUUUACGUAUCGUUUUGCGAGUAGACGAGUACACAUAGAAAAACGUUUGCAACGGAAAAUCGUUCGCCUGGAUUACUCUCGUUCGAGGCGUUGACGAAAUGCUGCCGCACAUGCGGAGCGUUUCUACUACAAACUAUACAAUAAUGCGCGCGUGUCGGAUAACGGCGUAUUAAUAGACAAUUCAGUAACAAGCGCUGCUACGGGGAGAGAUUUUAUCCCCUCAUGCUCCCAGAGAGCCGAGGAGAUAAUUAAGAACGUAGAAUCGAGGGGAUGCGGGUUACCCGAGGCGAUAAUCGGAAACAUCACCGAAAAGGCAAUUUUGCCUCGUUAUUAAAUUCGAUUAGUUUAAUGUUAAUCACACACGUCCGUUUUACAACUUGACAAGAAUGAUGGUCUACUUCAAUAAUGCGAGAUUUUUAAAUUGUCUAAUUUUUCACAGCAAAAUAUAUACAUAAAAUAAUAUUAAUGAGUCGGUCGUAGUCUAGUUCUCUGAUCGUUUGCACGUCGAAUGGAAUAAAAUUUAAUUUUUUACCAAGUUAUCUCGAUAUUUUUCCCCAUUACAUUUUAAUCUUGAGAUAAUUUUUAUAAUUUAUUUUUAAAUAUUAUUCUAACGUAUACAUUUCAAUAUGUGAAAUUAUAAAUGAAAAUUAUUCGCUGGAGAUUACAAUAAUAUGAAGAAAUAAUUUUACUAGAAAAUCGAGCCCGAGGUUUCGAUGACUGAGCAAUUUUUCGCGUUAAGGUAUUAAGUUUUCGAUCUAUUGCUUGUUUUACUUAUAUAAAAAAGAAUAAAAUUUAGCCGCUACAUCGCACGAUACGAGAUCAAUCACAGACCGAUAUGCCUCGUCCAACCUCGGGCUUCCCUCCGAAAAAAAGCGAUUAACGAAAAAAAUCUUUCUUUAGACGGAAUAUUUAACGAAGAGCAUAAGAAUUUUAGCGACAUGUUAUUUUACAAUUAUAAAAAAUAUGUUACAACGUAAAAUACAUAUACGAAUUCCAUCAAUUUCUUUCUCUUUUUCAAUUAAUUUUUUUUUUUUUUACAAACAUCUGAUUCAAAAAAUGAUGUAGAAGAUUUUAGAGAUAUGACAGUUACGGGACUUGAUUUAAAUAUUACAAAAUCAAUGUUAUCUCGCCGCUAAAAUUCUUUGGUGGAAAUUUUUUUCUAUGCGAGGAUGUGAAGACUACUUUCGCGAGACAGUAGGCUAUACACAACAGAUAUGUACAGCGAUGUUAUCUGUAAGAUUCACUAGCAUAUUCCCUUAACCGUUCGCUAAACCUCACGUUAAUUCGUCAACUAAUACGUACGUUUGCAGUUAUGAUUAUGUAUCUUUUUUUUUUAUUAUAUAUCGCCUACGUAGAACACAACGUGGUAGAGCUGCGUGGGCUCACACGUUGGCUCACCGUGUACCCCCUAUAUAUUAUGCAUUAUAUUUGUUUUUUUUUUGUGUCUUUACUUUCUAUUUAGUCGGUUACUUUAUUCGACCCGAACCACAGACUUCGAUCUACCUUUUUUUCUUAUUUACCCAAUAUUGAUAAACACCGACAAAUUCAGCUAUAUCAGUUAUAGAAAGGAGAGGUCAAGGUUGUACCCUGAAAAAAUAGACGAAUUAAAAGAAUCCCGAGAGAGAGAGAGAGAGAGAGAGAGAGAGAGAGAGAGAGAGAAAUUCAAUUUAAUUCAAUUUAGUGAAUUAAAUAUCUGAUCUUUGAGAUCGAAAUUAAGUUUAAAAAUUUUUGCGGAAUUAAAGUAAAUUAAAUGCUGAUGUCGAAUUUAAUUUUGACUAAUUUAUUUUUAGUUAUUGAAAAUUUUUUGAUUAUUUCUGAUGAAAAUAAAAAUAAUUUUAUAUAAAUGAGAAAAAAUUAUAAAAGAGAAUUUAAUCAUCGCAAAUCUCUGAUGCCCUAUUUGAUGAAAUUUAAAACUUAAAAUAAAUCUCUGCAUCGAUUCUUGCUAAAUCCUAUUUUUUGCCGGGUACUCUCUUCGGUGGAGCGCGGGGUGAGGGUCUCUUCAUAGGGCGAUCCCACAUAUAUACGGUUACAUAGGACUCUUCUCUCGACGACACAAUUCAAAAAAUAAUUUUUCAUUUUUAGUAGAAAGAUAGGCGGGGCAUUUCUCGUACACAAUGGUAAUAUUAUCGUAUUCCAUUAUUAUUAUUAUUAUUAUUUAAUUAUUAUUAUUAUUAAUAUUAUUACUCUAUAUUUAUUAUUAUUUUUAUUACUUAUCGCGUUAUCAUAUUAUCAUUAUUAUUAUUAUUCUGGACAUUAUUACUUCGACACAUCCCAUCAUGACUGUCGUUCGUCUCGUAACGUCUGUUACGCGAGGAUGUUACGUAACAAUAGUAGUUCUUACUUGUUUAUGUGAUGCCUAUUUACAAGUGUCUACGUUGUCUACGACGAAUCGAUAGAUUCGCUUAUACCUCAGGCACCCUCUUUUUCCAUAUCUUUUUCCAUCGAAAUAUUCGUCAAGUUUAAAAUCUAUAAAGUUUAUGCUCAUAUGAGACAAUUGAGCGGAUAAAUGGGGACAGUGCGACAGAUUUGCGAUAAAAUUAAUAACUAUCAUUUUCUUAAUCAUUUUUUCUAAUGCCUACAUAUAUAGUUUAAUACUUUAAUACUUUAAUUCACAUUGAUUAUUAAUUUUAUUCUUGAAAAAUCAAGGUGUUGUUCCAUUUAUCUAACGUCUCGAAGACUCCAUUUGAACUUACGUUAUUUUAAGUAUGAAAUUAUAUUUCAUCUCUCUAAAAUAAACUCUAUGGCUCUUAGACUUGACUUGAUUUCGAUUCUAGAUGCCGCAUUUACACUUGGCUCCAAUUAUGCAUUUGUACGUGCCGGCGAAAUUGAUGAGACGACAUUGUCGAUCGUACGAUACGUAUGCUGAUUUAAAGCGAUAGUGUAGUUACAUCUAUGUAUGUGUGUAUGUAGGUGUGUCAAUUGUGUGCGUAGGCCUGGGUUGAGAUUAACGUGAACCAUCCGUUUGACGUUGUUCUCUCCUAACAAAAUUUCCUACGUUUUCCACAUUUUUAUCAAAACAAAAAAAGAA